GAGUACAUCUUAUACAGCGAGAGAUAAACAAAAUAGUAAAUGUCAUCUCUCACCAUGAAGCUUUGACUCCCGUACGUAAACUUUACUGGUAUUAACUUGCUAUCCGUAAGCAUAUUUUAUUACUUUUGAAACAGCAAGAGAAACAUUAUUAAUAACGUAGAAAUUUUAUAAUAUAAUAAUCUUCUUAAAAUUUUAUCAAUCUAAAUAAUUACUAUUUUAACUAUUUUAUUAUAUUAUUUAUAUAUUUCUGUGCAUUUAUUAUUAUUGGAUAAUCAAAGUGAAGUAUAAUUGAAGCUUCCUGUGAAAGUGUCAAUAUAACUUCCAGUUACAUACAUAGGAAUGAAUGCAAGCAUUUUUUGGACAAAGUUCGCGCAUAAAGCGGGAUACAUAGCCGAAACUUACAAAGUUAUUACACAAGAUGGAUAUAUCCUGCAACUGGACAGAAUCGCAGGAUCGAAGAAAAGUCCUCCGUCUGAUAACAAAAUAGCUGCAUUAUUUCUUCAUGGACUUCUACAUGCCUCACCUAUGUGGCUUUUGGCAAGUGCUGAAAAAGCUUUAGGUACAUAUUAUCAAAUUAAUCACUUGCUUCUUCCUCUCUCUUUUCAAAAUAGUUCAAUAAUGUUGGACAAGGAAAUUAUAAAAUUUUAUACGUACAAUUAUUAAUUAGAUAUUUUCUUAUUUUUUUCUAACAUAUACAUUUUCUUUUAACAUAUAUAUUAUUUAUCACUCUUCGUAACUUUAAAAAAAUCUGAAUUACCUUUUGCUAUCUAAUUUCUAAUCUUUGCCAUUUAACAUCAUUUAUUUCGUUUCUAAGGAAAAAACAGAAUACCUAAUCAAUACUUUUUCUCAAAUUUUGAGCUUUAUAU